AUUUUAUAAUUAUAUUACAACUUAAAAAAAUUUUAAUGAAUUUGAAAGUGUUUAUUAGAUAAGAUGCAGAACUCACAAUACUUUUAUGACGGUAUCGAUUCCUAUCUGUACAGUUUGGUACACUACUCAGGUACUCGUUCCAAUAACAUUGGUAUUAAUCCCAAUAACUUUGGUAUUAAUCCCAAUAACUUUGGUAUUAAUCCCAAUAACUUUGGUAUUAAUCCCAAUAACUUUGGUAUUAAUCCCAAUAACAUUGGUGUUAAUCCCAAUAACAAUGGUACUCAUCCCAAUAACAUUGGUACUCGUCCCAACAACGCAGGAAAUUAUCAACAACCCUACCGAAAUACUAACAACGAAACACAAUACCACACUAACCUCAAUAAUCGAAAUAAUGAUUAUGUUCGUCAAAAUAUUGCCGUAAAUCGAUAUAACAAUUUCAAUAGUUAUGAUAAUCGUUACAAUAACUUCGAAAAUGAACAAGUGUUAAAUAACAGAUAUUAUAAUAACCAACACUUUAUCCCAAGAGUACAACAACAACAUUCAAGACAACGGUUGGAAAAUCCAUAUUAUAAUCCAAAUCACUGGAAUCGUUAUCCACAAAAUAAUAAUUAUGCACGUCCACAAGUACAAACACAAUCCCAUAGGGGAUUCCAGGCUCCACCACGAUCACGCCCUAAUCGACAAUUAUCACGAGUAAUGCCUCUAGAAAAUGUACAACAAAUUCCCGGAAACAAUGAGCUGAUGUUCGAUUCCCCACAAAAAAUAGUGCCUUUAAAUCCAAAUAAUGCUUUAUUCACAGAGAAUGAAGCAAAUCAACGAACUGAUACCCAAAAUCAAAUAACUGAAACCUCUGAUCUUUUUCAAAUCGACACACAAGCCGAUUUAUCAAACUUAGAAAAAACUCGCUUAGAUGAAGAUUUACCACAGCCACCAGAGUCUGCUUCGGCAGAUACGAAUGUCGUACAACCACCUGAGUCUACUUCGACAGACACGAAUGUUGUUCAAGGAAUUAUCUCUGCGUUCUCUAAUGCACCACAAGAGAAUACUCAAAUUCAACCUGACCCUGACGCAAUACAUGAAGAGCCUCAAACUGCAUUCAAUGUAACGAGUAAGGAACCUCAAUUUAACUCUAACUCCAUGCGUAAGCCAAAUCAAAAAGCGAAAAGGAAUAAAAAUAAAAAGAAUAAGAAAGAUGAAUCAAAAUAUUAUCAAAAUUUUAUUUCACAUUUAAAAGAGAAAGACAAUGUUAUUAAAGAACUACCGAAAGAAGUGGCGAAUACGAUUAUUUGUUUGGAUAGUGAACCCGAAGAUGAAGAUGAUGAUGUCAUUGAAAUACCUAGGAGUCCAAUACCAAUGAUUUGUCUGGAAGAUAGUGAUGCUGAAAUCGAUCAAUCAGUGAAAAAAGUUAAAGAUUUGGAAACACCUGAAUGUCCAGAAAUAGAAUCUAAUGUAGAGGAAAAUAAACUGGACAUACCUAGUAUUCAAAAAAUUAAUACAUCAUCGAAAGAGGUUGGAGAUAAUCCUACUUCGACAUCCAAAAGUAAAAAGCGUCAAAAAAGGAAACGAGAAAAUGUUGAGACUUCAGAAAAUAUUGAAGGAAUAGAAAAUCAGGAAUUACAGACUUCAACAGCUCCAGAAGAUGACUCUAAUUUAGAACAAAAUACUACAGAUAUUGAAAUCAAUCCAACAUCCAAAAAUAAAAUACGCCGAAAAAGGAAACGAGAAAAUGUUGAUACAUCAGAAAAUAUUGAAGGAAGCGAAGGUCAAGAACUACAAACUUCACCAAUCUCAGAAGAUGACUCUAAAUUAGAACAAAAUACUACAGACAUUGAAACCAAUCGAACAUCCAAACGUAAAAAACGCGAGAAAAGGAAACGGGAAAAUUUGAAAAAUGUUGUGAAUGAGAUUCAAAAUGAAGCUGACACAUCGGUAAAUAUUGGAGAAGAUAUUCAGAAAUUACAAGCUUCAAUACUUCAAAAAGUACUUAAUUCGGUGCAAAAUACAUCAACAUCCAAAAAUAAAAAACGCCAAAGAAAAAAACGUGACUGUCUGGAAAAUGUUGAGAAUGAGCUUAAAAUCGAACCAAGGCCUGACCAAAGUAAUACAGAUAUUCCCAUGGAAAAUAUCUCUACCUCAAUGAAAGGAGUUGACAUUAGUUCAAAACCUAGUAGUAAAAAACGUCUAAAAAAGAAACGUCACCGACAAGAUAUUGAAAAUAGUGAAGAUAACGAAUCGACCAUACAAGAGAACUGUGAAACAAGUAAAGAAAUCCCAAAAAAAUUAACAAUGGAAAAUACAAAAGAAAUUUCUGUUCAAAGUACACCAACAAAAAAUAUUGAGUUUGCAACCCCGAAAAGUAAAAAACGUAACAGAGCUCGAAAUAAAAAGAAAAAUACUUCACAAUUAUCCGAGGGCUCAGAUGAUUUUUUAUUGCAUACCACAGAUCUUGAAUCAAAUCAAUCAACCGAUUCAGUAUGCACCAAUGACACGAUCAUUUCGGCAAAUAUUUCGAAAAAAAAGAUCACAGUUCCGCAAACUCUAAUCCUAGAUAUUUACGAAACUGAGAGUAGUUGUUCUGAUGUUUUUGAAAAAGAUAAUCCUGAACAAAAUCAAGCAUCUACUUCAAAACGUUCCUUUGCCGAAUUAGAUUUAAUUCAAUUUGCGAAUAUGAUAACAACUUCACGAUCCAAGGAGAAUCAAGGAUCCGAUAGUAUUGUAUGUGCAAAAUCUAGUCAAAAUUGUAAUCAAACCACAUCAGUUUCAUUUAGUGCAGAUAAUUCUCAUCGAGUUAUUGCAACAGACACAUCAAAAUUUAAUUUCGAAGAUACGUCUUCGAGUUCAGAUGAAUCAGAAGUCGUUGAGAAAAACAAAUCACAGGAAAAAAAUUCUUUGCAAAGCACAUUUAAAAAUAGUUUAGAAUCUGACUUAUCUUAUCAAAAAUUUCUUAAUGAGAGGGGAGAAGAAUCUAGCACAGAAGAAUCUGAAAUCAUUACUAGAAUCAGGAAUCAUCUGGAAUCAGAUAAAUCAAAAAAUAUCACUAAAAGUAGUUUAUCGCAAAUAAAUGAUAAAAGUAAAUUCCAAAACAGUUUAGUGCCGUUAAAUAACGCCGAACAAGGUGACACAACCAUUGAUGUAAACUAUGAGCAAUUUAUAAAUCAAUUAGAAAAUAAAAUUCGUGAAUGUAAUGAUAAACAAAAAUAUUCUCUUAACAAAAGAAAAAAAUUAGCCCAGGAAAAAAUUCGUAAAGAUACUGAUAAUAAUAGUAAUAAUAAUAGGGAGGUUGCAAAUGAGCCCCUAGCACCUAGUAAUUCUGAAAAUUCUGAAAAUCUUUGUACUGAAAAUUCUGAAACUCUGUGUACUGAAAAUUCUGAAACCGUUUGCAAUUCAUCGAACAAUUUCAAUGAAAUAACGCAAGAACUUUCACAAUCUUCGUCCGAUAACGACAGUGAUGUCGAGUGUAUUACACCAAUCACAUCAAAAGAUAAUCCAGUAAUUUCAAUAGAUUCAGAUCAUGACUCAAUAAUAUCAGUUAACGAAAGUGAGGUAACCGAUGUUGGGGAUAUUUGUUUAAAUGUUUCUGGUGGAGAGAUAAUUGAUGUGGAAAAUAAUAAAAAUACAACAAAACAAGUAUCGAAUAGUUUAAAUGUUUCAAAAGAAGAAGAAAGGGCACUUAAUUUAAAAAUGCGAUUUCAUACAUAUUGGACUGCAGAUCGUGAAACAUUUUAUAAUCGAUCGUGGGGUGGUGAAACUUAUGAUCAUGAAGAGGAGCGUGAUUUAAUGCCAGCUUCGCUGAAGGAAUGGGCUAAUCCAAUUGAUAAAAUGCGCAUGCAUAGAAGUUUUGAAAGUAAAGUGCGGUGUCGUAAUUGUCGACAACAAGGACACAUAGCUAAAAAUUGUCCAGUACCAGUAAAACCAUGUAGUAUGUGUGGUUCUAGGCAACAUCGAGAAUUUAAGUGUAAUGAAUCGUGCUGUUUAACGUGUUUUUCGAAAUUUCGCCGUUCAUUUACUUCAAAUUGUAAACGAUGCCUUAAUUGGAGGAAUAUCUAUUGUAAAACAUGCAAUAAUAAAGGUCAUGUACAUGACCAUUGUCCAGAUUUAUGGCGUCGUUAUCAUUUAACAGUAAAACCAGGAAAAAUCAUACAACCAACGCAAAAAAAUCAAAAGAAAUCCACUAAUUGGUGUUCAAUAUGUGCCACAAGAGGUCACUCAAGUGAAAAAUGUUGUUACUAUUAUAAUAUUUCGCAAACUCCCCCAGAUUCUAUGCAAGUAAAACAUUAUUCAGAUUUAUAUGAUUAUAAUGGUGCAUCACCAAAACGUAGAAAAUAUAACGCCGGAGAAGAUAAUCAUUGGGAUAUUCAUCAAGUGAAGUUUAGUAAUCAAAAUAGUAGUUUUCUUGCAAAUGAUCAAGAAAAUUCGACUAAAACUACAACAACCACCUCGCAUAUUUUAUCUGAACCUGAAAAAAUGGAGAGAAUUCAUUUAAUUUCCAUUACAUCAACUAAAUCAGUUACAACUGAAACUGUUUCAAUUGCAACUGUACCAAAUGCAUCUGAAUAUGUUCAAUCAAUCACAAACACAUCAAAUGUCACGGAAUUAAAUGAAACUAAAUCAGUUACAACUGUACCAAUUUCACCUGAAUCAGUUUCACUGUUACCUAAAUGUGAAGUUAGCGUUCCAGAAUCAAACAAAACUGUGUCGAAUAGCGUCGAACAAAUUGCAACUAAACCAGUUGCAUUUGAAUCAAUACCAACUGCUAUUGGUUCUGGCAAUAUAUGCACUUCAGUCUCAACCGAACUGAUACAAAUUAAAACUAAAUCAAGCGAUAUUGAAGAAGCUGUACUAAAUUCAGUUAUACCUAAUCCAGUUAUUACUGAACCAAGUGUAAAUUUACCAAUUGUAACUCAAUCAGUUAUUCCGAUUGGAGCAAGUGAUCCAGUUCCUCAAAUGGGAACUACUCAACCAGUUGUAAGUUUACCAAGUCUACCUCAAUCAGUUAUUCCGAUUAGAGCAACUGAACCAGUUCCUCAAAUGGAAACUACUCAACCAGUUGCUCCAAUAAAACCAGUAAUAGUUAGGACAAAUUUAUUUGAAACAGGGUCCAUAGAAUUGAGACCAGAUAUUGCAAUUUCUAGUAUCCAAUCAAUGAAAAAGACUUCUAAUAAAAAUUUUAAUUUGGAUCUUCCAUUAAAUGGAAGGGAAGAACAGUGUGUGCAUAGAGAAAAUUUUAUUAAAACUCUUAGUAAAAGAUUUAAAGCCAGUGUUUAUAUAAAAACGAAAAAUUCAAAUAGAAUUUUACAUAUUACAGCAAGCGAACAACAUCGUCGCGAAAUUGAAAAUUGUCUCAAAGAGUUUUUAACUAUAAAGCGGCCUGAACGUAGACCAUCACAUAACUUUGAUUUUUUUAUAAAUAAAAUUCGAAAUGAUUAUCCGUUAAUAGAAGAAGUAUAUAACUUACAAGACCCAUAUGCUUUAUAUCAAACUUAUACAAAUCAACGGAUAAAGAAAAAAAACCCGGUAGAAAUUAUAAAGAAAUUAAAUGCAUUUCGUAGAAUACAUUGUCAACAGAUAUCAGUAAAAACACGUAGGUCAUUGGAUUUUUUACAUAAUAUUUAUAACGGUCAACCAGUGCCCAUAAAUUUAAGAAGUAAAAUAAAAACAGCAUACAACCAUAUUUUUAAAAAUACUAAAAUUCACGAAUUAGAUGAAGUAAUUAAUGAAUUUAAUCAACGUCGACAUAUACAACAACCGCCAAAAAUAUCAAAACAACCAACCCCAAAAAAAUCACCGACUAAAAAACAAAAAAACAAGAAACAAAAACCAAAACCAAAACCAAUACAAAAACCGACUGUAUCAUCCAGUACAAAUGAUGUGGAAUUAAUUAACUAUGCGAAUAUGUUGGAGAUGGCAACUAAUAUUCCAAAAUAUAGGAUGAUUAUAAAACGAUGUAAACAUCGAUAUGUUAUUAAUAAAGAAUUUUCGGCGAAAAAUAUACGAUCACUUAUGGCUGUAGGAGAACAAUUAAAAAUACCAUUCCACACGUGACGGUUUAUAGUCAUUGUUUUUUUAAAGUAUGAUGGUGUACACUGAGUGACAAAGAAUCUGGGAUAAAAUUUUUAAGCUGAGUGAGAUGAAUGGUAACUUCUGACGUUUUUGAACUCAAAUUUUUGGUACGAAGAUUAAAGACAUCCAUAGUUUAAUCUUUGAUCGGAAAAAUCAAAGAAGAGGGCAUAAGAAACGAAAAGCUCUCUACAAUUUUGUUCAAAUACUGUUAAGAAUCUAAUGUUUCGGAAGACUUAUAGUUUAUACCAUUAUAAAACCUAAUAUAAUGCAAUAAUAUAAUGACAGGUCCAUAAAUCUUCCUUGACGCGUUACCUACAACUGUUCUUUGGCGAUUCUCUCCAUUUGCAAAUUAAAAUCCGAACUGUGAUUUAUUAGUGAUUAAUCUCCAUAGGCGAAUUUUAUUUAUAUUAAUGUACUCAUUAAGGACUAUACGAAUCCAUGGUUUGAGAAAAUUGGAGUUAUUUCCAAUAAGGAAAGUGCACGGUCGUUUGUCGUUUCAUUUGAGUGAUAUAUAAUGCAUCUAAAGACAUAUUUUUAAAGAGGACGAAACCAUUCCUAUGCCAUAUGUUCGAUUUUUAUCAGAAUUUGGUCAAAUUGUAUACUCUCUGCUUUCAUUUUUUGUAAAAACUAAUAUGGUCAAUUCUUGGACUACAGAUAUUUUAAUAUAGUUUCUUUGGGGGCACGCCAAUUCAGUUGUUUAACAUAAUCUUAAAUUUGUCUCACUUUCUGCAUCAGUGUGUUUAGUGUUUUAAAUUUUAAUAUUAAUUGUAAAGACAUUUUUUUUUUUUUGUAAUUUAUAACUUUGAAGUCAUUUGCUUCGAAUAAAAAUGUUGAACUUUCUUUUUAUUAAUUUUUUUGAAUUGAACUAUUUAAACUUGUUGCACGAAAGACAUUGUGUUGAUCGACAAUGGAAUAAUUUUUUCU